CGUAAGAACACAAGACCCUGCGGGAUUGCUGUUGAAAUUCGAAGGCAUCUUGACACAAGGUUCGGAGGACAGGUCCUGUGCGCUGCAGACCGGAAGAUCCUGAGAAAUGACAAAAGCGAGGGGUACCCAGCGGGUCUACGUUGCUACUCUAAUCCUAUGGAUUCGCGUUCAACCCUCACCUAUCCGUCUCAUGGAUGCAAAUCCUCGCCUCUCAGCCGCAGCUGUGUAUCCCGAAUACCAUUGUUAAGUCGUGCUGAUACUUCAGAGCAACUGCAAAUAAGCUAUCGGAUAAUGCAGGGAACAUGGCCGAUUAUAUCCCUUACGAGCAAGCCCUCUGCGGCUCAGGCAAUCGCUCGGGUAGUUUUUGGGCUGAAAGGGAACCUUCUGCGGCAAUCAAUGCUGGCCUCAAAACGGAAUUGCCAGAAACCAAACAGUCCAUAUUACUGGCGCUCCUAUGAUAACAGUGCAACAUAUCUAGGCCAGGUGUGCUUUGUACCUCUGACGGCCAUCCCAACCCGCCCAUUGCGACCUAAACCGUAAUCGGCACGGCUGUUCUUCUCAUCGCCAACGUUCAAAUGUCAUUUUCGAUAGACCGACCAUCAGCACUACGGUGGUAUUCUGUGGAACAGUGGAACGAAUUCGUUCUGACGCACGAAGCCGACGCCUGCCGCCGCCCGAAAACUCAAGAGAUUGAGAAGAGAUUGAGAGUGAGGAGUCAAGACCAGGCUUGCGUCUUAUCUACAAUGCGUUGAAUGU